AGUGUAAAAUAUUGUACCUAAGCGCUAAGAUGUCUACGCGUGCACUAUUUGAUUAUGAUAUUCAGUAAUUUCAAGCAAUAUGUUGAUAAUUGAAAAAUAAAAAUACUAUUGACCAAUUUUAUUAAGUACUACAAUAUUCAAACAAUGUUACAAAAAUAUUUUGAUCAAAAAACAAGAUAUCACCAAAGAAAAUUAGCAUAGAAUAUAAAUUAAGCCUCAAAUGGGAACAAAGAAAUUCGUGCGUCAUUGAUAUUAUUUUUUAAAGACGUAGGAAGGAAGCGUUAAAAUCUUCCAAAAAUGUGGAGCUACCAUUACAGCGACAUUCAAGAAGUGACGUCAGAAUAUCCAUUGACGUCAUAGGUAGCUAUUGACUUUUGGCAAUAAGCGUCAUAUCCUUUGUUAUGGGUUGCGGUCGAUUCAAUUCUCUUGGUGAAAAUACAAUUUAAACAUGAAAUAAAUUAAAACAGACAAGUUAAAUAUGAAGUUGUCAACGCCACGGUAUACGCUUUGUUUAUUUUUUCAGCUAGCAUUUAUACUUUGUGAUUUAAUAUUCAACUGCGUGAGUUUGUUUCCUAAAAGUCGCGACGGCUUGCUGGUGUUAUUUAUAUUUCAGGAUCUUUUCCUCGUCCUUUCCAUAACAACAAUGCUGAUGACAUUCUUUUCAACUUAUUUAUUUCAAGCAGGUUUGGUGGAGGUGUUGGUGCGAAAGUUCCGCGCAGCGUGCUCGGUGUGCGCCGCGUACGUGGCUGCGAGCGUCGCACUACACGCGGUGUGGCUGCUGGAGAAGUGGAGUGACCCUGAGGCAGUGUCCACGCCUAUGCUCAUAUUUCUCUUCACAUUCCAGAGAUGCUUGUCCCCAUGGUACUAUUUCUUCUACAAGCGAGCAGCACUCCGAGUGAGUGACCCACGGUUCUAUGAGGACAUUGAUUGGAUCAACAGACAGCUGCAAACACACUGAACAAUCACACAGGGUUCUUGAUUGGAUAAUUACUAUGAUAUACUAGUCAUGUGUGGAUAGUGAAAUAUUGUAAGCUCUAUAUACUUAUUUCAUAAUUGUAAAUAAAUUAUGUUGAACACAUUA